UGCACAUAGCUCUGAUAGUGGAAAAGAACACGAGAUUUGUUCAAUGAGAAUGGAUGACUAUGUUAUGCAAGAUAUUGAGGAAGACCACAUGCAUGACAGUGAAAUACACAGUGAUGAAGAAACUGAUCUAGAAGAACUUGAAAUAGCUCUCUACAGCCAAAUCCAUUAUGCAUGUGAAGAUGCAUCUCAUCUUCAAAGUCAUGCUGCUGUUUAUAGUGGCACAAAAAUGUCAGUUUUGCAUAACUCUUGUUCGGAUGUUGAUACAAAAAUCACACCCCAAACUACUAUAUCCACACAAGCAGGAUUGGGUAUUCAAGCCGAAUCAUCACAUGUGUUAAAGAAAACAGAUCAGGACAGCAGUAGUGAGAGUGUAAUAAUUUUAGAAGAUGACAGUCACUUUGCACUUCCAAUGCUUAUGAGAGAUCUUUCCAAUAAAGCAAUUGACGAAGUUAAAAACAAAAGCCCUGCUGGCAGAGAUGAAAAAAAUGAAUAUAUUAUCAUUGAGUCAGAUAGUGACUGUAUCAUUGACCAAGAAUGUACCUCAAAUAAAACAAAAACUUCCACCGCUUUGUUGAAAAGGAAAAUACAUGAAGAGGUCAUAGUUGUCUCGAGCAUGGACAGUGAUCUAUUUUUAGAGAAACAACACAGAAAAAGUAAAACAAAUCCCCAGUGGAGUACAUCUUCUAAAUCUAAGAAAAUAAAACUUUCAAAGCCUCUGUUGGAGUCUGGUAGUGAAGAGGAGAAUGAUAUGCCAUUGCUUGAGGGGACUGAGGGAGAUUGUGAUAUACAGACCAAUGUAGUACAGAGUAAGCCCAAGGUUGUUCUGGACUGUGCUGAACUGGACAUUGAGGAUCUGGACUUGGAGGAGGUCCACAAUUCUCUGGAUAAAAAUGCCAACUGGGACAUCAUUGAUGAAGACCGUUUUAAAUUGGGAACAAAGAAUCGAUAUUACCAACCUCUUAAUGUCAAGUGUCACAACUGCAAUGAAAGGGGACACUUGUCGAAAUGUUGUCCAAAGCCAAAGAAAGCUGUAGUCUGUAUCUACUGUGGAAAUCAAGGUCACACAUCCAAGAGUUGCCCAGACAGUCUAUGCUACAACUGCAAUCAGUCUGGUCAUAGUGUGAGAGAGUGCUUUGAGCCGAGGAGAAGGCUAUAUGAGGAAUGCUGGAGAUGUCACAUGCAGGGUCAUAAGGGUUAUGAAUGUACAGAUAGAUGGAGACAGUAUCACAUGACGACCAAAGAAGGACCUCUCUGUGAAACAGACAAUUCUCAAAAUGAGAGGAUGUACUGUUAUAACUGUGCCUCAGAGGGACACUUUGGAUUCGAGUGUGAGGACGCCACCAUGGAUAAGCGUAAACUACCCAAUCUCCCUUUUGUGGCAAGAUAUGAUACAGAGCAAGAAAGAAGUAAGGCCAGACGAAAGAGAGAUUCAACAGAAAAUGAACAACUAUCCAAAAAGCAAAAAGAGAUGGGAAAUAGAAAAAAUGAUUAUCAUAAGAAUAAAAACAAAAAAGAAUUCCAAGACACCGCUUUUAAGAAGAAAAAGGAUGGCAAGAGAAGAAAGACAUCAAAAAAUGAGAGAAACUUUCUGCAAGACCCAGAUGAGUAUUUUCCAAGGUCUGAGGCUCAAAAAUAUAAAGAGCCAAAAAAAGGAGGAAAGAGGAAAAAUUGCAAUGAAGACUAUGCGGUGCCUCCUGACAAUGAAUGGUGGAUUCAUUCAUACAGGGGUGCAAAGAAAUCUAGAAAUGAGGUCAAUGAACUCAAAGAAAAAAAGAAAUCGAAAAAUUCACAGAGACGUCAGAGAUACAGAGAAAACAAAAGGCAACAAAAAAAUAAAUUAAGGGAAGAAAGCAAUUACAAACAAACUAAAAAAGUGACAUUUUCUCAAGCAAGAAGAGGAUUUAGGUACAAGAAUUGACAUGGCAUUUACAGUAAUUCUUCAAUUUCAAUAAACAUGAGUGUACAUAUUUGUUCUUCAUAAACUCUAUUUAUUUAUUAAUCAGUAAACUAUUUAUUUGAGCAUUUUUCUCAUUUUGUUAUCUGCUUGUUUUUGAUCACUGGAUGCAUUACAUGUAGUACAGUAAUAACUUUUGGAUGAAGAAAAAUACAUUUGAAGUGAGAUGACAUGUCUAAUAAUUGCCACUUAACCCAACCAAAAUGCCACAAUAUAGUCUCAAAUAGCAUAACUUGAAGAAAUACCAAAGAAUAUAAUUUCAUAUUUCCUGAAAAAAAAUAUAUAUAUAUUUGAACAGAUG